UUUCCCUUUUAAGCUGCUGCAGCAACCGCUGCAUCAGUGUGCUGCAGUCGUGCGUUACAGACGGGUUCUUCUAACUUUGGGAGGCGCUGCUGUGAUGGUUCACUGAUGCAAACCAAGGAAAACCGGAACAGGAUGUGGGCCUUUAUAAUUCUUUAUGUCCUGGGACUUAACGUCUGUCAGGCCAGCGGAGAAGGUAAAUCAACACAAAUGCAAUAUGUCAAACUGAUCAUAGAGGAAAGUGCAAUCAACAACAUAACUCAGAUUCUGAAAGGUUUUGACUAUAACAACAUCCGGGUUGACAACCUAACAAAGACAACACUGUGUCAGAAUGUCUCGGCCGACACAGUGUGUAGCUGCAUGCCAGACUUCAGAUGGAGCAAUGAAGUUUGUCAAUCUCAGAAAUGUUGCGGUGACAAUAACUGUAUCUUCACCAACAUCCCGGCUCCCAUGUGUGUUUCAAACAAUUCAGUUGCUGUCAGUGGAUCAAUUUAUUUAAACGUGACUUAUCAAAAUUGUCUGAAAGAAAAGACCUCUACGGAAUUCCAGCAGUGUAAUAACGAACUGUUGAAAAAGAUGAAAGAAGUAUUCAGCACUUUGAUGGGAUUUGACAUCCUAACAAUAAAGCAAUACAGGCUUGGAAGCAUCAUUGCAGAUUUUGAAAUGAUCGUUGCUUACAGCUUCAAACAACAAGAUCUGAUUAACGUAUUGCAACUUCUGAGUGGAAAUCUGUCAGCAUCUCUUGAUUUGGUGACCACAGGUUUUGUCCAUUUAAACAUGACACCUAGCCCUGUAUGCUCCAGCUCCCACCCCAGCAUCACGUGCACAUUACAGGAGGACCUGAAGACCCCACCGCUGUGGAAGCUGAAAAGAACGGACGGAGAGUUUGAGAUAUUCAACGGCACAGAGUCAGGAGUGACAUCAGCACCAGCGGUGACCAGUGUCAGACUUGACACAAAGAUAUCAGAGCGUUGGGAAGGAGAGUACUCAUGUACUUAUACUCAAAAGUUAGAGUCAUACACCAUAACUCACAAAGCCAGUGGUGUAAUGGACAUAGCCCUCCUGCCAAACAUUCACAUCACCACAUUACCAGAAUUUCCACGCUGCAGACCAAAAUCCGAUUUUGUGAAAGUAAGAGUCAACUGUGACAUAAGGAGCAAAAGCCAGGAAAAUUAUACUGUGACGUGGAACGGCACAAACAUCUUUAGAGAUAUAACACCUUCUGGUCCUUCUGGAGGUGUUUAUUCAGGUGAUACAAUUGUAAGCUGUACCAAACCCAAGGAUGGGAGCAAACCACAACUAUCAUGCAAUUUCAUAAACGUUUGUGAUGAACACCAAAAAGCUUCAACUGAUGUCAAUAUCAUAUAUGAAACUGAUAAAUUCUGCCCAGCUCAAGGGGAUUGGAAAGACACCAAGGCUGACUACACUGCUUACUUAAAAUGCCCGAACGCGGCUGGACAAAGACAGAGGAAAUGCUCUGCAGGGGGGACAUGGGAAGCAGUGGUCGCACAUUGUGUGAACCUGGACGUGAACCUCGCGCUGCAGCAAGCAAUUAUUGUCGACGUCGGACUUGGCUCACCAGAUAAAAAUGCUGCAAAUGUAUUUUCCCUCCUUGGGAAUAUCACCAAUAACACAAAGGCUAUCAACUCUUACGCCAACAUGAAUGCAACCGUUCAAGUACUCAUCAGUCUGAGUCAAAAGUCUAUCAGCAUAGUUGAGGAAUCAGCAAUAUAUGACUUUCUGGAGUCCUCCAGUAAUUUGCUGGAACGGCCUCUUAAGGAUUCAUGGACCCUGAACACUGGCGAAAGCAAUAGUUCAUUGGCUGACAGUUAUCUGACUUCUGUUGAGAAAUUGAUUCAGAAGACGAACAAAACAUAUACAAACAAACAAAACAACCUAGAGGUAAUGGCAUCCAUUUGCACAAAGGGGUCACCGUGCAGCAAUACGGUGUUCGAUGUCACCGUCAAUCUUGAGCCAAGCCUCGGCAGUGUAAAAACAGCAGGGUUUAAAGAACUGCAGAACUAUUUAACCGAGGAAAAGGACUUUGAGCCUAACAGCAUCGUUGUGUCAACAACAAUGACAAAUACUGAAAGUAAGGAAUUGAAAUCAGUUAAUGUUAAUAUCAACUUUCAAUUGCUAAAGCCUAGGCCUCCGAACGUUCAAAUAAAGUGCGUCUCAUGGGACAAUAACACCAGAAGUUGGUCAGAAGAGGGCUGUGAAUGGAAGGGUUCUUCUGAAGAAAGACUUUGUACUUGCACACAUUUGUCCUCAUUUGCCAUUCUAAUGUCAAGGUAUCCCACAGAAAUUAAGUGGCUAACAGAGGUGACCUAUGUCGGACUGUCUAUAUCAGUCGUGUCACUUAUUAUCAGCAUGGUGAUAGAACUGACUGUCUGGAGCGCUGUAGUUAAGACCAUUGGUUCAUAUUUACGCCAUACUGCCCACAUACACAUUUCUCUAUGUUUGCUAAUUGCCGAUGGCUGUUUUUUAGCAUCUUCUAAUCCAAAAGAUCUUACAGAAAUGUGGUGCAAGAUCUUUGUGCUGUUGAAGCAUUUCUGUUACCUGUCCAUGUUCUUUUGGAUGUUGUGUCUGAGCAGCAUGCUUCUUCACAAAACCAUUUUUCCGUUCCAUCAAACGAGCAAAAAAGCCUACAUGAGAUUCUUUCUAUUCCUGGGCUACGUGUGUCCGUUGCUGAUUGCUGUUAUCACGUUUCUUGGCUAUAAUGGUGGUGCUAAAGACGUGUACUUUUCCAGUGAUACCUGUUGGCUGCGUUAUAGUGGACUAAUGAAAGGGUCCAUCCAUACAUUUGUCAUACCGGUCGGUAUAAUUGUCUUAUUCAACGUGUUCUCCAUGCUGGUGGUAAUCAUGAAGCUUUUGGAUCACCCUAUAAAUACAGACAAAUCCAAUGAAAAUGAAAAUGAAAAAAAGGCUGCAUUAACUGCCCUGAGGUCAGUUAUUCUUCUGACGCCGAUCUUCGGUGUGACCUGGAUUUUUGGGUUUGCUGUCAUGCUGCUUGACCUCACAAUUGGAACUGUCGCCUUUGUAGUCAAUUAUGCCUUCACCGUGCUGAAUGCAUUCCAGGGUUUGUUCAUUUUGUUAACCACGUGCCUGGGGGACAAACUGACCCGUGAAGCACUGCUGAAUCGUCUCAGGAAAAAUGAUUCAGCAUCGACUACUGACAGCUCCACGAAGUUAGACUCCACUUGGAAGCAGUGAAAGUCAUCCUACCAAACUCUUACAUCAAAACAAACUACAUCUUGCACAUAACACCACAGAUAAUAACUUAACCAGGAACACCAUCUAAAUGAAUAGAUUUCCAUGACAUAGGAAUGUUCAAUCCUUAUUUGUGAACAUGAUUGACUCUCUCAAAAAGCCAGAGACCAGAGAUGUAAAGCUUGAUUAAUGGUUUUGCGGAGGCUCCACGCUGAGCUUUCGCUGUAGUCUACGUAAGAGGCCUGUUGUUUAUACUUGUACGUUGGUGUGUGCGUCGAUCACAGCAGGGCCAGCAUGUGCGUGUCUGUGUGGGAGGAGUGUGUGGUAGAGUGAGUGAGAGAGUGGCGGCGAUUAGCUUCGGAGCUUACCCGAUUCUAGAGUCAUAGUGAGAGAAAAAAAGUGCAAAGUCCCCUGUGCCACGGCUGAGCGACGUAUAGUUACAUUUUUCGAGAAGUGCACAUCAGGCUAAAGCACCGACGUAGUUUUGUGUCUCCACGUACCUACGUACGUAGCCACGGCGUAGAUUUAACGCUGAAGUAUAAAUCAAGCUUAAGUCUCAAAUUUAUGAUGUCAUCAAGUAUGAAAACAUACGCCUUGGUGCUCUCAGUGUCAUCUAUAACAUCUUUCCCAAUUCAUUGUCUGUAGAGCAGACUUUAUAUUUGAUGACAUCAUCACAAAUUUCAGUUCUUGGAUUUGGGAGAGAGUUGUUCCUUUUUACUAAUAGUUUUGGAUUGUUGAUAGGAAAAACAUGAUUCAUUUUUUUUUUUUUUAAAUGGUGCGUGGUUCCCCUUUAUUAACUCUGUUGAUGUGACUACUUUUUCGUUUGGUUUAUUACUUGCACGAUGGCAUGUUUGUUCAUUAGAUACAUUUUUGAUUGCUAAAGCACUGAAACACUAUGCACAACUCUAGUACAUACUUAGUUGUAUGAAUGGGAGUUAAGCCUACGUCUGAAUGUUGCUAGAGAUCCUCUUUUCUUCAUUUUCCUUGCCUUGUUCUGCCCACUCCUCGUCUGUGUCAUCCAUUGAAAUCCCUUUCUGGGCUGCCAUCUUGCGGUAGGCCUGGCACUCAAUUUCUGCUCUGCAACAUACAAAAACAGGGCUAUUUAUGUAUUUAACCGAUAGUGUCAUCGUAUAAGGUUAUUGGACUGUGUGUUUAAAAUAAUAAUUAAAGUGACCCAAGUGAGAAAAUCAAGGUGGAUAUUCAGGGAAUCAAAUAACACCAGUGGUGGAAGAAUUGGAAAACUGGGCUUCAUUGUAUACUUUUUUAGGAAUCGAACACAGUCACGGUGUCCAUAUAUUUCGGCUAUCCGCACUGGUUUGUCUCCGCAGCAGUCCUCCUUGUCCAUAGGCGCAUGGAGGGAGUGCAGCAGCCGGAGGACAGCCAGCCGGCCAAGCUCUGCAGCACUGUGGGCAGGAGUCCAUCCAUGCUCCGUUCUCAGACACGGCCUGGCUCCGUGCUCAAUAAGGAUCCUGACUGUUUCUGUGUGCCCUGUGGAAAAGGCAUCAUUGGGAUCUGACAUUAAGAACCUGAUGAUUUUUGAAAUCUGGGUGGUUAAAAACAAAAUUCUUACCUACUGUCGUAGAUGAAUAAGAUGAAAGAAAUAUAAGCAGUAGAAAAAACAAUAAGUUCAGUAUUGCAA